AUGAGGGAUGAGAAUGUCACCAAGGUCAGUGCCUUCAUUCUGGUGGGCUUCCCCACGGCCCCUAAGAUGCAGUAUGUGCUCUUUCUCAUCUUCCUGUUCACAUACCUCUUUGUCCUGGUGGAGAACCUGGCCAUCAUCCUCACUGUCUGGAGCAGCACCUCCCUCCAUAGGCCCAUGUACUACUUUCUGGGCAUCAUGUCAUCCUUGGAGAUAUGGUAUGUGUGUGACAUCAUCCCUAAGAUGUUGGAUGGCUUCCUCCUCCAGAGGAAGCACAUCUCUUUCGUGGGAUGCAUGACUCAGCUCUACUUCUUCAGCUCCCUGGUUUGCACAGAGUGUGUGCUCCUGGCGUCCAUGGCCUAUGACCGCUAUGUGGCCAUCUGCCACCCCCUGCACUACCAAGUCAUCAUGACCACAGGUCUCUGUGUCCAGCUAGUGGUCUUCUCCUUUGUGAGUGGCUUCAUUAUAUCUGUGAUCAAGAUCUACUUUAUCUCCAGAGCUAUGUUCUGUGGCUCCAAUGUCUUGAACCACUUUUUCUGUGAUAUUUCCCCCAUCCUCAAACUGGCAUGCACAGACUUCUCAACAGCGGAGCUGGUAGACUUUAUCCUGGCCUUCAUCAUCCUGGUGUUCCCACUGGUGGCCACAGUGCUCUCCUAUGGACACAUCACCCUGGCUGUCCUUCGCAUCCCUUCAGCCACUGGACGUUGGAGGGCCUUCUCUACCUGUGCCUCCCACCUCACCGUGGUCACCAUAUUCUAUACAGCCUUGCUGUUCAUGUAUGUCCGGCCUCAGGCCAUUGAUACACGAAAUUCUAACAAACUUAUUUCUGUUUUGUACACUGUCCUCACCCCCAUCUUGAACCCCUUGAUCUACUGCCUGAGGAACAGAGAAUUUAAGAAUGCCUUGAAGAAGGCUUUGGGCUUUGGUCUAGCUCUACCAUAG